UCUUCAUCAAGUUGGCAGUGUGGACGCACAACAGGAACCUAGUAAAAAAGUCACUGGGUUUGAGCAUUCCAAUUAUAAUUAUUCUGAUGCAAUCUAUAGGCAAGGUGAAAAACCCUUAAAAGAAUUUCCAGAAAAACAGACCAUGCCUGAAAGUGUUGCUACAUCCACAGAACAUAAUGCUAGUUCAACAGCUUAUGUGAAUAAAACAAGAAGCAAAGAAUCUAUAUGUCUUCCGUCUCCAGCCUCUAAACAACGUGUUAAUAAAACACAAUUGCCAGAAACUCCUCACAUGCCAUCAGAUCGUAGAACAAUACAAACCUCUGGAAAAACAAAGAAAUCAAGUAACUUGGCAGAUGUUACACAUAUAGUUAAAAGGCCGGUUUCGUCCAUGUUUUUACAAGCAGCCACGCUGGGGAACACAGAUAGCAGGGUUCCACCAGUUCUUCCCGACCCUCCACCAACACCUCUUGUACAUCAAGAUACAGAUGAUGAAGAAUUUGUGAUAGAUGAAUCUUUAUUUGUUCCAAACCUGUUGGUUUCUAUACCUAGAUUUGGAAAGACAAACAAACAGUUGGCGUCUGAAUCAGAGAUUAAGAGACAUGAGAAGGUCACAGACACUAACCAAGCCAGACCCAUUGGAUCUGAUAUAAUUUCCAAUGAUGGUUAUAAUGACAAAGAACAUGUUUUUACAGAAGGACAGAUGGUUAAUUCUGUAGAGGAAAAUUAUACUGCAUUAUCUGAACAAGAAAUGCUUUCUUCACAUGAGAGGCCCCCAGUCGAACCUAUAGAGUGUGUAAAGUCGAGGCCAAGCAAAGGAGGUCACAGGAAUAAAAAGACCCCUUUAAAGCCCGUUGACCAGUCAUGUGAAAAAGCUAAUGAGAGUAGCUCAUCUGAAGGGGAACAUGCUAUGCAGAAAAAAACCUCAGCAAAACAGAAAAAACAAAAAAAUAAAAAAAAGAGAAAUGUAGAGAGUGUAAAGUCAAGACCAAGUAAAGGAGGUCCCAAGAAUAAAAAGACCCUUCUAGAGCCCAUUGUCCAGCCAGAUGAAAAUACUAAUGAUGGUGGCUCCUCUGAAGGGGAAAAUGCUAUGCAGAAAAAAACCUUGACGGAACAGAGAAAAGAAAAAAAGAGAAAACUUCAUGAGCCAUUAAAAAAAGGAGGGCAGAAGAAGGGUUCAUCCGCUCUUGCACCAGUUACUGCCCUUCCUAAUGAAAACUGCAAUGAGCAAAAUGAUGCAAUAAAUGUUUCGUCAAAGGAGAUGCAUACCACAGAACUCUGUAGCACAUCAAAGAAGAAAGUGUUGCCUUUAAGUGUCAAUAAUCAACGUCUCCCUUCAGCAAAUGAAAAUACACUUUCAUCCCAGGAAGACGAGGGUAAGCAUUUUAAAUCCAAAAGAAGAAAGCGGUCUUCUGAUGAUGAGCCAAUCCCAUCUACAAGUGAUGUCAGGUAUUCUGGUCGUAGUCAGAGAACACACAAGCCACCUGGAAAUUGGUGGGCUGUCACUUCACCAGAGUUUGAUAAGACUCUUUCAUUGAGAAAACAAUCAUCUCCGAAAAAAACACAAAAGACCAGUCCAAAAAAAAAAGACAAAUCAAAAAGGGUUUCCGUGUCAAAGCAAAGAAAGAAAAAUGACAAAAAGGAGGCAAUACUCUCUGAGCUUCCAGACUCUCAGCCUAUCGAUGAUGCUACUGCUAAGGAUGCCUCUCCUAAUGAGAACAAUGCUGUAGAUAACAGUGGAGCAAAGAAAAAUCAAAAGUCCCAAAAUCCACAUAAAAUUGUGUCUGGUGAUGAGAACAACAUAGAGACCCCACAUUCUGUUGUAGCUGCAUCUCAAGGUUUGCCAUCAUCCAAGUCAUUAGGAAAGCGAAAAGUUGCAGAAGAGAAUGACAACCAAGACGAAGAACUUCCACUGCCUCAAAAGGUGAUAAAAUCUAUACUUAAAACGGACACUCAGAAUUCCAACAGGCCGGCUCUUUCAAAAGAGCCUAUACUAGAUAGUAUGGAAGAAAGUGAGGAUAUCAUCAGUAUUGGCAAAGUGUCUUCAGUUCAGCACAGCAAAACAUCUCAUGUGGCAGAGUUACGAAAAUCCAUUAUGCCAGGACACACUCAAGAAAAUGCUACCAAUUUUAGAAGUUCGUUGGCCUCAUUUGGAGAUGCUUAUAUCAAAAGUCCACAUGUUCAAAAUAUAUCAGGUGAGGAUUGCACAGAAUUGCAGACUGAGGAAGCACUUCUGACAGGUAGUGCAAAAAAGUCACAAAAGAAACCUGGCAGUUCACAGACACUAAAACACACUCCUCGAACACGUAUUGAGAGUGCUGUACUUGGUGAUGAAAUGCAUGAGGUUUUAAACUUUGAAGAUCAUCCGCUAUUACAACUGCAUAACAAAGGCACGCCAAGAACAGAGCCAGACAAAGUUGUAAUCGGAAGCGGUCCAUCUCUUAAACGAAGUGUUGAAUUCAUCAAGCGUGAUGGGAUACCAGCUACUAGUGAACUGUCUGACUCUUCAGAAUUUGACGAUGAUCAUAGAAAGUAUAAUGUGCGUCAGAGACUUGUUCUGCCCUCAAAUACACCCAAUGUUCGCCGCUCAAGAAGGACAAAAGUAAAGCCACUGCAAUACUGGAGGGGUGAACGUGUAAAUUAUUUAUCUAGACCAUCAGGCCUUGUUGUUGAUGGAAUAAUACCUCCAUCAGAGAAAGCCAGAGGGGGGAAAUCUACUGCCAAAAGAAAACAUAUCCGCAAGGGACAAGCAGGUGGCGAUGUUUAUGAAGGAAAAGUGCCUUCAGAAGGUAAACGACAUGGAACAAAAGCUGUUACUAAAACAGUGAGUGAAGUUGUAGAAGAAGCAGAAAUACAUGUUGCUGAUAAUACAGACUUUCAACUCACGGACCAUACAACCGUUCUGGAUCAUGCUAAAGGAACAGAAAUACAAGUUGAAUGUGUCCGAUUUGCUGAACAUUGUGUAUCUAGCACUCAGAGAGAUUUCAUAUCGGUAACCAAGGCUCUUCGGAAUUCCACAUUUUCUGUGGGUAAAUUGAAACUUGGUCCAUUGCAACAAAAAGGAUAUCAGUUUGUUUGCCUCGACACAAUAGUAUUUUAUAUUAUCCAUGGUUUAGUGGAAGUAACAAUCCAUGUAACAAACUACCAUCUGAAAGCUGGAGAUUAUUUUUUUGUGCCACCAGGUAAUAUGUAUAAUAUUAGGAACCUGAAAAGUGAGGAAGCAGUGCUCAUUUUCACUCAGAUCAAAGGUUCUCAAAUGUUUGUUGAAGAAUCUGAGUGACAUAGACCCAACAAAGGAAGUAAACAAGACUACAAUGUACAGAUAAUUUUUUUUUUUUUUUUUUUUUGGAGAAGUGUAACAUGUAGGGUUUCUCAUUUAAGUAUGAAUGUUUGAAAGUUGUGUGUCUAGAAACAAUGUCUAACUAUGUAUGUUUCCAUUACCAGUGUUUUUAGGAAUAUGAAUGUAAAUAAUCUUUGUUUUAUUGGUCUGACAAAAUGCAUAUGCUCAGUAGCAAUCCUGAAGCACUCCUCCAGUCAGUAUUUAAAUCUUUUGUUCGUUCAGUGUUGUAAACGCAGCACUGUUUUAUCUUGUAUAGCCUAAAGUGCACCUGUUAUAAAAAUAAUGCCAUGGUGUAAUUUUAGACAAGACAGAGUUCACUGUGCAUGUGCAAAUUACUAUUAUAUGUGUGUGUAUAUAUAUAUAUAUAUAUAUAUAUAUAUUAAAUACUCACUGAUGUAUAUAUGUAUGAGAGAGAAAAAAUGUGUGUAUGUGUAUGCUAUAUAUAUACAUAAUGUCUUGUUUACCUGCUGUGAACUGUUAUCAACAAUUAAUGGCAGGUUCAGUUUAAAAAAAAAAAUGUCUUGUUUAAAAUGUGGUGUUUGUAUAUUUUCUUGUUUUGUAUACAUUUUCUAUGGAGUUGAUUUUACUUUUGUAUUAAAAUAAAUAUAGUCGCUGA